CCUUCUGCAGGUGGGACGUGCUGCCUCCGCUCACCUGACGCUCCUUAGUGAAGAAACCCCGCGCAUCUCCUUGCCGCCGCGGCCAUGUCGGGGCCCGGCAACAAACGCGCCGCCGGAGACGGGGGCUCUGGGCCCCCAGAGAAGAAACUGAGCCGCGAGGAGAAGACGACGACGACUCUCAUAGAGCCCAUUCGCCUGGGGGGCAUCUCCUCCACGGAGGAGAUGGACCUGAAGGUUUUGCAGUUUAAGAAUAAGAAAUUAGCCGAGCGGUUGGAACAGCGACAGGCUUUUGAAGAUGAACUUCGAGAAAGAAUUGAAAAACUGGAGAAACGGCAGGCCACAGAUGAUGCCACCCUCCUGAUUGUCAACAGAUACUGGGCCCAGCUAGAUGAAACAGUGGAAGCCCUUCUUCGACGUCAUGAGAGCCAAGGAGAGCUGUCAUCAGGGGCAGAGGCACCUGGGACCCAAGAAGGGAUGACACAUGAAACUCCACACACAGAGCCAGGGACAUCGGAGCUGAGGGAGUCCCUACCGAUGCACUUACGGCCCCCGCUUAGUGAGCCGGCCCUGGCGUUUGUGGUGGCUCUGGGGGCCAGCAGCUGUGAGGAAGUAGAGCUGCAGCUGCAGGGCCGGAUGGAGUUCUCCAAAGCAGCUGUGUCCCGUGUUGUCGAAGCUUCAGACCGCUUGCAGCGACAAGUGGAAGAACUGUGCCAGCGGGUGUACAGCCAAGGGGACAGUGAGCCCCCCAGUGAGGUGGUUCAGGCUCGCACCCGGGAACUGGGCCGUGAGAACCGGCGGCUGCAGGACUUGGCCACCCAGCUGCAGGAGAAGCACCACCGAAUCUCAUUAGAGUACUCUGAGCUCCAGGACAAAGUGACUUCAGCUGAGACCAAAGUGCUGGAGAUGGAGACAACUGUGGAGGACCUGCAGUGGGACAUUGAGAAGCUGCGCAAGCGGGAGCAGAAGCUCAAUAAGCACCUGGCAGAGGCCUUGGAGCAGCUCAACUCUGGCUACUAUGUGUCCGGGAGCUCCUCAGGCUUCCAGGGUGGCCAGAUAACACUCAGCAUGCAAAAGUUUGAGAUGCUGAAUGCCGAGUUGGAGGAGAACCAGGAGUUGGCCAAUAGCCGCAUGGCAGAGUUGGAGAAGCUGCAGGCAGAACUGCAGGGGGCUGUGAGGACCAAUGAACGCCUCAAGGUGGCACUCCGGAGCCUUCCAGAAGAGGUCGUGCGGGAGACUGGGGAAUACCGCAUGCUGCAGGCUCAGUUUUCAUUGCUUUAUAAUGAGUCCCUGCAAGUGAAGACUCAGCUGGAUGAGGCCCGGGGGCUGCUGCUGGCCACCAAGAACUCCCACCUGAGACACAUAGAGCACAUGGAGAGUGAUGAGCUGGGGCUGCAGAAGAAGCUGCGCACAGAGGUGAUCCAGCUGGAGGACACGCUGGCCCAGGUACGCAAAGAGUACGAAAUGCUGCGCAUCGAGUUUGAACAGAACCUGGCAGCCAACGAGCAGGCAGGCCCCAUCAACCGGGAAAUGCGCCACCUGAUCAGCAGUCUCCAGAACCACAACCACCAGCUGAAGGGGGACGCUCAGCGCUACAAGCGGAAGCUGCGGGAGGUGCAGGCUGAGAUCGGCAAGCUCCGAGCUCAGGCCAGUGGUUCUACCCACUCCAUCCCUAACCUGGGCCACCUGGAGGACUCUGGCCUUAGCGCACCAACCCCAGGGAAAGAGGAAGCGGGACCAGGCCCUGGCGGUGCUCCCGACGGCAGGAAGGAGAUAACCCCAGUGCCCAGUGCCACCAUAACUGCCUCAUCAGUGAGGAAGGAGGAACUGGUCUCCCCUGAGGAGGACACCCAGGCCCUGACUCCUGGGACCCAGGGCCCCUCCUCCCGGGGCCGAGAGCCCGAGGGCAGGCCCAAGCGGGAGCUUCGAGAACGUGAUGGACCUGGCCUGGGACCACCGUCUGCAGCCUUAGCCCUCUCAAGGGUUGACCGGGAGAAGGCCAGAGUGGAAGAGGCUAAGAGGAAGGAGUCAGAGCUCCUCAAAGGUCUCCGAGCAGAGCUCAAGAAGGCCCAGGAGAGUCAGAAAGAGAUGAAGCUGCUGCUGGAUAUGUACAAGUCAGCUCCCAAGGAGCAGCGGGACAAGGUGCAGCUCAUGGCAGCUGAGCGCAAGGCCAAGGCUGAGGUGGAUGAACUGCGAAGCCGAAUCCGAGAACUGGAGGAGCGGGAUCGGAGGGAAAGCAAGAAGAUCGCAGAUGAGGACGCUCUGCGGCGCAUCCGGCAGGCAGAGGAGCAGAUCGAACACCUGCAGCGCAAGCUGGGUGCCACAAAGCAGGAGGAGGAGGCUCUGCUCUCAGAGAUGGACGUGACGGGUCAGGCUUUUGAGGACAUGCAGGAGCAGAACGGGCGGCUGCUGCAGCAGCUACGUGAGAAAGAUGACGCCAACUUCAAACUGAUGUCUGAGCGGAUCAAGGCCAAUCAGAUCCACAAGCUCCUGCGGGAGGAGAAAGAUGAACUCGGCGAGCAGGUUCUUGGCCUCAAGUCUCAGGUGGACGCCCAGCUGCUGACCGUGCAGAAGCUCGAGGAGAAGGAGCGGGCCUUGCAGGGCAGCCUCGGGGGUGUGGAGAAAGAGCUGACCAUCCGGAGCCAGGCCCUGGAGCUCAACAAGAGGAAGGCUGUGGAAGCCGCACAGCUGGCUGAGGACCUGAAGGUACAGCUAGAGCACGUGCAGACACGGCUGCGGGAGAUCCAGCCCUGCCUGGCAGAGAGCCGGGCGGCUCGGGAGAAGGAGAGCUUCAACCUCAAGAGGGCGCAGGACAUUUCACGGCUGAGACGAAAGCUGGAGAAGCAGAGGAAGGUGGAGGUGUAUGCAGAUGCUGACGAGAUCCUCCAGGAGGAGAUCAAGGAAUACAAGGCGCGACUGACCUGCCCCUGCUGCAACACCCGCAAGAAGGACGCUGUGCUCACGAAGUGCUUCCACGUGUUCUGCUUCGAGUGUGUGCGGGGCCGCUACGAGGCGCGCCAGAGGAAGUGCCCCAAAUGCAAUGCAGCCUUUGGUGCCCAUGACUUCCAUCGCGUCUACAUCAGCUGAGCCUGUAACUCAGGACUUUGGAGCAGCCAUGGGCUCUGGGGCUGUGCCCUGGCCCCUCUCCCUCCCGGAUCCAGUGUUCCUUGCUCUGCAUUCCAGACCCUGUGGGUCCACUUCUGCCCACCUGGGUAGCUUGGGGGCCUAGUGCAUGCUAGUAGGAUCAGCCAAGCUCAGUGCCCUUGUUUCCUGAA